ACCCUGUCUAUCUCAAGCACAAUUUAUGCCUUUCCGUCUUUCCCUCCACUCUCAUUGCACUUCUUCUCUGUUGUCACCUACUUCGAAUGCUUCAAAACCGCCGGUGACGGCGACGGGAACGGCGUGAAUCAAAGGCUCGACGCAAAAACCACGGCGAAAACUCUUCGAACAAAAUCAACGCAAACCCUAACGACGUCAAACGAGGUUGUUAACGGUUCCCUAUUUCGCCCCCCCUAGGGUUUCGAGCACAAAGAAACCCAACACCUGAUUGCAGUUAUGUCCCUUUCAGCUGAAGCAGACAAAGUUGAGAACCUUGAGUUUAAGUGGGGUAAAAAGAGAGGAGUUGGUGGAAAAAAGAAAGAGGUCCAGUUUUAUGAUUCUUUUACUUAUGAUGGUGUUGACUAUAUUCUUCAUGACUGCGUAUAUAUGUACAAGGAAGGCGAACCUAAGCCUUAUAUUGGUAAGCUGAUAAAGAUAUGGGAGAAUGGAGAUAAGACAAAAAAAGUAAAGGUUCAAUGGUUCUUCCACCCUUCAGAGAUUUUAAAUUGGCUUCGAGGUGAAGAGGCACUUCCGAACGAAAUUUUUUUGGCUUCGGGUGAAGGUGCUGGUGUGGCGAAUGUUAAUCCUUUGGAAGCAAUUGCUGGAAAAUGCAAUGUUGUCUGCAUUUCAAAGGACAGUCGAAACCCGCAACCUUCUGAGCAAGAAAUUCGAAUGGCUGACUACAUAUUUUACCGUACUUUCGAUGUUAGACACUGCACAAUAUCCGAUAAGAUGGACGAUAAAGUUGGUGGGCUUGAAGUUAAGUUUGUAUUUAAUAGUAAAGAGAGUGAAAUGAUCAGUGGUGCUCCUCUUGAUUGUGUAAAGAAAGAGGAAGCUGUAGCAUGUAAUCAAACACUCCAGCUUCCAAGGCAAAACCCUCCUGAAGAGUUCAAAACUCCAGGGAAAGGGAUUGAAAAGAUCAGUGGUGUUCCUCUUGCUUCUGAAAAGAAAGAGGAAGCUGUAGCAUGUAAUCAAACACUCCAGCCUUCAGGGAAAAACCCUCCUGAAGAGUUCAAAACAACAAAGACAGAUGGACAUUCAAAUCAUUUGGUGGCAAAAGGAUGUGCAGAUUUGAAAGAUUCAUUGGUUAAAGGAAAGCCUGCUUCUUGUGCUGCAAUGGAUUCUGAUGAUGUGCCUACAACCAGUGGUCAACGGGGAACUGUUUCAGGAGAUAAAACCACUAGGAAUAUGAACAGCGUUCAUAAAUUGACAGUUCAUGAGAAUGAUGUGAAGGCCUUGGUAACAACUAUUACUUAUCCUGAAGGGAAAGCAAAAACUGGACCUGGAAGUGGAAGUGGAAGUGGAAGUGGUUUUUUGGGUCCGGACAGGGGUAUAAAAUCUGUUAAAGAUACUGGUGCUUCGGAAGAUAGACCUUCUAAGAAAGCAAGGGUUGAUAGUUCUAUUAAAUUAAGUGAGAACAAGAACAAUAAUGGUGUUCGGAAGGCGAGCAUCAAUUCUGAUGGGAAUAAUGCAAAGGACUUGGCAGAUACUCUUCCUUCUGGAGGAAAAACAAAAUCUAAAGUUGCUUCUCUUGGGUGGGACAAGGACCUUCAGCCGAAGACUGAUGAGAAGAUGAUGAAACUCACAAAAUCUAAAGUUUCUUCUUUUGGGCCUGACAAGGAUCUUCAGCAGAAGACUGAUGAGAAGAUGGCGAAGCUUUCCAAUGGGAAGCUGCUUAAGGUAUCUGCCAGGGAGACUCCUGGUGACAGGAAAACUGAAGGUGAAGUCACCCGAAGACCUGAUGAUGAGAGAAGCAAAUGGUUUAAGGCACUUCCUUGGGAGGAAAGAUUGAAGAGCACACAUGAGCAAGGAACACUUGUCCACCUUUCAAAUUUGGAUCCAGAAUAUACUUCAGGAGAAGUGGAGGAUAUUAUUUGGCACGCUUUUAAGGAAUAUUGCACAGCGAAAAUGGUACAACGCACUGCAAUUUCUAGUCCGCACUCUGGUCAAGCUUUUGUUAUUUUAAAAACAAAAGGAGCGGCAGAAAAGAUUAUCAAAGAAUUGGGUGACGGAUGCUUAAUGCUAUCAAAUGGGAGGCCUCUUGUUGGUAGCAUGGCACCUCCUCCUAGUUUUCUGGGAAAGCAGUCCACAUUCACUGGCCAUCUGUUCGUUGAUAAAUCAAAACACCAAAUGCAAAGGGAGAUGAAAGAAGCUGUAUCUACGUCACAUUGUUCUCAGCCUAACACAAUUGAAUAUGAGAUGGCAAUGGAAUGGCGCUUACUACAGUCGAGAUCUGACCGUUGGUGGAAGCUGUUGUACAAGCGUCAAGGUGAGGAGCUGAGAAAACUCAAGUCCAAUCUCAAGUUGAAGUGAGCAUCCAUUAUAAUAUAUACAUCGAGCUCCUCUUGAAGAUGCAAUCCCUUAAGCUUACCUGUAUUCCCGUCCAAAGGAAGGAAAAUAUUUGUUGUGCAUGUUUAAGGCGGUAUGAGAAUCAGUUUUUUGGGUGUUGCUAGGGAGAAAAAUGUAUGUUAGUAGUAGCUGUCGAGCUGGUUCUUUUUUGUAAAUUACAUCUUUGCACUUUCAGUCAUUAAUCUUGUGUAAAUUUUUAAUCUUUGAUUUAUACCUUCUCCUUUUUUGGGAGAUGUGUUUUUCUAUGCUAAUGCACUGAUUCUGAUUCUAA